UGACGUCCCGUUUCCUCCCGGAUGUCCGUUUCUGCUCUUUAGAGAUCAUCUUUUUCAUAGAAUAUCAGAUCUUGUCCUCAGACCUCCAGAUUCGUGUCCGUUUUCUCCUCGUCUCCAUCUGAAUCAGUUCGGCUCGGCUCGGCUCCGCUCGGUGCUGCAGACGCUCGUGCCCGCUCACGUCACGUGUUCUCAGUCGGUGCACAGGCUAACAGUGAGCGGAGAAGCUCCGGUCCUACGCAGAGUUCUGUCCCGGGUGUGCACGCGCAGACCUCUGCAGGGAUGAGCUAGGCCGUGCAGGAACGCACGCGCUUUCAGGAUGCCCAUCCCUCCACCUCCACCACAGGGACCUCCACCCCCCCACACCUUCAGCCAGCUCAACGCCGCCCCUCCCAGGCUGGGCGGGGAGGAGGCGGGGGGCCGCGGCGCCCUGCUGUCCGACAUCUGCAGAGGCACCAAGCUGAGGAAGGUGGAGGUGAACGACCGCAGCGCCCCCCAGCUGGACAGUAAGACCCCCACCCCCCCCACAGACCACCCAUACUUCCGCUUAUACCAGUACCUGCACCAGAGCCAGCAGGGGGCGCCGUCCCAGGAGCCCAGGAGGACCACAGACAGGAGCGCAGCCCCGCCCCCCCAGAAAUCCAGAGGAGGUGGAGCAUCUGCAGGAUCCAAUAGGAGCACAGCUGAGAGCCCGUCAAGUUCAGCUCAGCCAAUCGGAGGGCUGUUCACGGACACAGUUCCCAAACAGCGGCCAAUGGGAGGUGAGAACCGCUCUGGUACUUCCUGGUUCACAGCUGCUUCCAUGUUAACCUGUGUGUGUACAUGUGUGUACAUGUGUGUGUGUGUUUGUGUACAUGACACUGCCUCAGAGAAGAUUCAGGAAGAAUAA